AAGAAUUUAUCAGCACAGAAUGCGAAGCUUCUCUUUUCCAUCAUUAUUAUUACUCUCUUCAAACUGCUGCUCCAAUGUCCUCUCCUUGACCGCCUCUGUUUCUACUAAGACUUCACAAACAACUUCACUUGAAACACAAAACCAAGCAAAGAAAAUGGAUGAGUUUGGUCUUCAAGAGCCACACUCUUUAGCAAGCUUCCAAGAAUACAACCCUGAUACAAUCCCAGAUCUCUUUGCCUCAGAAUCUGACCACAUGCCCUCACACAAUUCCUUAAGCUGCUCAAAAGACUCAGAUUUCUACUUUGCAUUUCGCCUCGAAGCCAUUUCUCUGUUUUUACAGGCACAAUAUUCUUGCAACCUUGACCCUUUCAUACCAUACCUUGCCAUCAACUACCUGGAUCGGUUCUUAUCCAAGCGAGAUAUUCCGGAAGGAAAGCCUUGGGUCUCAAGGCUCCUUGAAGUCUCCUGUCUAUCUCUAGCUGCAAAGAUGAAGAACACACCCUUCUCCGCCACCGAUUUUCAGAGAGGGGAAGGCUUCAUCUUUGAUGCGCAGACAAUUCAUAAAAUGGAGCUUCUCAUUCUUGACACUCUAGAUUGGCGGAUGAGAUCGAUAACACCCUUUUCUUUUCUGCCGUUCUUUCUCUCUUUUCUGGACUUAAAUGACCAAACACUUGCAAAAGCUCUCAAAAGUCGAGCUUCGGAUGUCAUCUUCAAUGCCCAUAAUGAAAUUAAGAUUGUUGAGUUCAAACCAUCGAUAAUUGCAGCAUCAGCGGCCCUAUCUGCAUGUCAAGAGCUGCUCCCACUGCAGUUUCCAUCUUUUAAAGCUUCAGUAUCAUCUUUCCAAUAUGUAAACAAAGAGAGUUUGUUCAAAUGCUUGACUUUGGUGCAAGAAAUGAUGGUGAAUGAAGGGUGCGAGUCCAUGUUAGAUACUUUGUCAUGCACAACAAGAACCACAAUGAGUGUGGUGGACCGUCAGCUCACCAAAUCAGAUCAAAGACAGAACACACAUACUUCUUCUACUAUUAUAGCAGAGAAGAGAGACAGCAAGCGGCGCAGAUUGAAUGGUACUUUGUGCAGUGAAAAUAGGUUCCGGCUCUCCCAUCAUUUUCAAAAGUGCUGAUUUGUUUUAGUGUUUAAUUGUCUAUGCCUCACAAUAGUUGAUUGUUCUCCUCCUCA